AUGAUGGAUUUCGUCGAUAUUAACGUUUAUAGCGACGAUGAAGAGGUGCCUGUACGAAAACAAAGAGUUUUAAGGGAACGUAUAAACCAUUUUGAAAAAUGGGAUAGAAAAGAAUUCUUACAAAGAUUUAGGUUAUCUCCUCAAACAGUAUUAAAUAUAGCGGAUGAGAUACAAGAAGACAUUCACCACAAAACAAAUAGAAACGCUGCAUUGUCACCAACCGAUCAAUUGCUUCUAACACUGUCUUUUUAUGCUACUGGCUCGUUCCUACGUGUUGCUGGAGACUUCAUUGGAGUGCAUAAAUCGACAGCCUCAAAAACAGUGAAGAGAGUUAGCGAAGCAUUGGCUUCUUUGAGACCUGUAUGUAUACGUAUGCCUGAGACAAAUGAAGAGAUCUCAGAGUGUAAGGCAGGUUUUUACAGGAUCGCUAGAUUUCCUCUAUGUAUUGGGUCUAUUGACUGUAGCCACGUGAAAAUUAUAUCCCCCGGUGGUGAAAAUGCAGAGAUUUAUAGAAAUCGCAAGCAAUAUUUUUCGUUCAAUGUUCAAACCGUUGCAGACUCCGAUUUAAAAAUAAGAGACAUAGUUGCUCGUUGGCCAGGCUCUGCCCACGAUGCCCACAUUUUUAGAAGUUCCGCCAUUGGCCACAAAUUUGAAAACAAACACUACGGAAACUGUAUAAUAGUUGGCGACAGCGGAUACCCGGUUAAACCGUAUUUAAUGACACCUUUGCGUCAAACCCGAAACUUACCGGAAAAUUUAUAUAAUGAAUCCCUAAUAAGAACCAGAAAUGUGGUGGAAAGAUCUUACGGAGUGUGGAAAAAAAGGUUUCCCGGUUUAGCCUUGGGACUCAGACUGAAAAAAGAAACUGUACAAGCUGUAAUCGUGGCAACUGCAGUUUUACACAAUAUUGCUUGCGAAGAACGAGAAGAUAUCCCACAGAUAAAUGUUGAAGAAGUAGUAGCAAUUGAUCUUGUAAACAAUAAUCCUCCAGAAAAUAAUCCUCAACUAAUAGAAAGACCAAACAAUGUUAGGCAGAGAUUAAUUUUUGAUUACUUUGCGAGAUUGUAA